CUAUCUUGCUUAUCCAUGGAGAAGAAGACAACAACCCUGGAACAUUACCAUGCAGUCGGAUCGUUUCUUCAAGCUCUGAAGGGUCAUGGAGCACUUUGUCGCCUUGUCAUUCUGCCCUGCGAGAGCCAUGGCUAUGCUGCACGAGAAAGCAUCAUGCAUGUCCUCUGGGAAACUGAUAGAUGGCUGCAAAAGCAUUGUGUGUCGAACACCUCUGAAGUGAGUCCAGAUAUUGAUGCAAGCAAUGAUGGAGGGGCAAGGAAGUUAAAGAUUCUGAAAACAAAGCAGCUGCUGCCACUGGGAGGUGGUGGUGCAGAGCUGGCUGAUGAUUUGAAAGUGGCAGUUCCAUUCCAAGCCAAGGUCAUUAAUGUGAUUACAUUUCUGAGCUUCGGCAUGGGGACUUCAACUGGACUGAUAUGAUUGGUAUGAAAUUGCAAAUGCCACAAUUUCAACUCAUACUUUAAUAAUCCUAGAUGAUUGUGUCGACAUCAUAUACUACCGCAGCCCCUGAAUGCCAUCGGUUUGAAGUUUUAGCAUGGCGUUAUUUUCCUAUCUUCCCCACUCUUGCAUUGUUUAGUUUAUCAAACACAUUAGCCAUAGUUUAGUUUACGAAACUCGAAAUUCAGAAAUCUGAGUGUUGUGGGGGAUCUCAAGCAAACUGUAACAAGUUACAACAACAUUUUUAUUACUCUUUUAACUUUCGAUUGUUGGAAAAUGGUUCGGAUGCUCGGGCAA